AUGCUACCGAAACUCCAGCUCCACCCGGGGAUGGUUCUAUUAUUGAUAUGGCUCUGUCAUUUCAUGGAAGAUCAAAAAGUACAAGGUAUAUUAUUAUUAUAUUUUAUAUCUUUUAAAUCCCCCCCCCAAAAAAAAAAAAAAACUUUGACUGCAAGUGUAGCCUAUUCUGUCUGCUUAUUGAUGUGAAUUGUAACGGUGUUCCAGUGUUGCAAACGUUUCAAAGAGAGUUCUACAUUCUUUCCCUUCGGUUUGAAGUUGCUCACUAUCAGAGAGAGCGUGUGGAAUUAACUGUCUACAAAACAGGUGCCAAUUAGGGUCGUUUCAAAGAGAUGUUAUUGCAAGUUUUCUAGCCCACACGAUCGAGGCACAUGGAAUGAUUUAUUUUUUUUUGAUGGAUUUUAUCCCACUUGCUCACCAAGUCUGUAAUACUUGGAAUAUUUGUUAGUUUUACGGAUUGCCAUACCAUAUCACUAGUCCCAUACGGUCACUAUGAUGGGACGCAGCAGUGUGGUGUGGCUGUAUAUACUCAAACUCAAACUGAGAUAGUUGGAGACGGCGCAUGGCAGAGAAAAGUGCUUGAAAUUUGUGAGCGCAUUUUAUUUGACCCAUAGAAUGUGUAAUUUCUGUGCUUUGAAACCAACCCAUUUCCAAUCUAUUUGCCAUAUGGAGAUCGGAAUUAUCUUUAUCAUUGUUUCAUUGAUAACGAUUGAAUACAGUUGCCGAUAAUAUGAUGCUCAUAAGUUACUUAAUAUGACAGAAAAUGUCCCUUCAUUUUCUGCCGCUGAAAUUAACGUAAACAAUGUAAACCUUUUAAGUGCACCCUAAAAAAAAGUUCAAAAGUACUCGUAUUAGUUAGUGUCCAUAUGUGUCUGGGCAAAGUCUUGUUUUGGUUGCUAUUCGUAAAAUGACGCUAUGACAGGUCUCGGUGUGAUCUGCGUCCACGGAUGCGCUCGCUCAAAUAUAUUUCGAACAAAGUUUACACAACCAUGCUUAAAAAGUUCACACAACCAUGCUUAAAAAGUUCACACAACCAUGCUUAAAAAGUUCAUGCGUAUAGUUCGAGCGGCGAUAUGUCAAGAAUAGGCUACAGUUGUUCUGGACUGUUAUAACCCGACACCGAAUGGAUAGGCAAUAUAACUAGAUUUGCUCCACUGUCUGCGCUUUGAACAUGGAGAACUCAGUAUUUUGUUUACGAUUCUAUCAUACCGGCUGUCAGUAUUGAACAUUUGUUACGGGAUAACCAAGUGUUAAAAGAUUGUCAUUACGAUGGAAAAACCUGACCAAAUAACGCGGGGAAGGGAGGGAGGGAGGAAGGGAGGGAGGGGGAGAGAGAAGGGGGAGAGAGAGGGGGGGAAGGGGGGGGGGGGGUGAACGUGUUGUGUCUGGGUCAGGUCACUCAGCGCCUUGGCUUCAGACUUUAAUACGACUGGGCCGUUUUAUGUUUGUUUCCAGCUGGUAACUGCUGGUUACAGCAGGGGAAGAACGGGAGGUGUCAGGUGCUCUACAUGCCGGGGAUGAGCCGGGAGGAGUGCUGCAGAAGCGGGAGGCUGGGGACGUCUUGGACCGAGGAGGACGUACCCAACAGCACCUUGUUCCGGUGGAUGAUCUUCAACGGCGGAGCCCCCAACUGCAUACCCUGCAAAGGUUCAACUUUUAUUAGUCGUAUGAAUGAGAUACACAUGGUAUACAGUAUACACCGUCCAACCAAAUGCUUUCUUGCAGGUUCCUUCUCGAUAUUUGCAACAACAAUAAGAAAUAAUAAAAGAUAAGAAUACGAAAAUAAAGUAAAUGGCUCAGUAGAAUAGAAUAGACAUUUUAACAUCAGUGUAAUACAGGAAGGCACAAUCUAUAGUCCAAUGUUUACACGGUUGGGGGGCAAUUGUUUAAAUGUUGGUGUAUUUAGCAAUCAUAAUAGGAGUCUGGUAGCAGCAGUUGUGACUAUAAGACUAUGUGCAACUUUGUUUAUAUUUAAGUGGGAACUCAAUUAGACUAAUUUGACGACACAUUAAGUCAUUGACCUCGUUGCGUCUAAACAUUGUCUGCUCUCCAUAAUUGUAUUUCACAUCAUUUAAUAAACUCGACAUCUCUUCCACUCCAGAAACGUGCGACAACGUGGACUGUGGACACGGAAAGAGGUGCAAGAUGAACAGGAGAAGCAAGCCGCGCUGCGUCUGCGCGCCAGACUGCUCCAACGUGACUUGGAAAGGACCUGUCUGCGGGUCGGAUGGAAAGACAUACAAAGACGAGUGCGCGUUGCUCAAGUCCAAAUGUAAAGUCCAUCUGGACCUGGAAGUGCAGUACCAGGGCAAAUGCAAGAGUAAGUAAACCGGCAGGCCGAUGCAUAAAAAAGAACAUAAGCUCCUUAUUCAUAUCCAAUCAUCAAUGGCAGACCAAUUCUUUUUAUAUAUUUUUCCAAUAUAAUUGGUCUUUUGACCAAUCACAUCAGAUCUUUUAGUUAUUUAGCAGACCCUCUUAUGCAGAGGGACUUACAGGCGCAAUUAGGGUUAAGUGCUUUGCUCAAGGGCACAUCGACAGAUUUUUCACCAAGUCGGCUCGGGGAUUAGAACCAGCGACCUUUCGGUUACUGGCACAACGCUCUUAACCACUAAGCUAUCUGCCGCCCUGUCUUCAGAUCUGAUUGGUCAAAAGACCAAUUAGUGAAACUAAGAUCAGAAUUGGGCUGCCUGUCUAAAGGCAGCCAAUGGGUUUCAGUCUGAUUGCAUUUUAAUUGAUCACAGUGAGUAUUGGUCGAUUCACAGGCGUUUAAUGAACGGCCAUCUGAGUAUACAUGUGAUUGGCUUCUUCCUCUACAGAUAUUAACCACUCCCUUUCGUUUUGACAGAGACCUGCCGUGACGUCUUGUGCCCGGGAAGCUCCACGUGCGUUGUGGACCAGACGAAUAAUGCCUACUGUGUGACCUGUAAUCGGAUCUGCCCUGAACAGACGUCAGCGGAGCAGUUCCUGUGUGGCAACGACGGGAUUAUCUACGCCAGCGCGUGCCAUCUGAGGAGGGCGACAUGUCUCCUGGGAACAUCCAUAGGAGUAGCAUACCAGGGGAAAUGCAUCAGUAAGUAAUAUCUCCUGGAAACAUCCAUAGGAGUAGUAUACUAGGGGAAAUGCAUCAGUCAGUAAUGUAUCCUGGGAACAUCCAUAGGAGUAGUAUACUAGGGGAAAUGUAUCAGUCACUAAUGUAUCCUGGGAACAUCCAUAGGAGUAGUAUACUAGGGGAAAUGCAUCAGUCAGUAAUGUAUCCUGGGAACAUCCAUAGGAGUAGUAUACUAGGGGAAAUGCAUCAGUCAGUAAUGUAUCCUGGGAGCAUCCAUAGGAGUAGUAUACAGGGGAAAUGUAUCAGUCAUUAAUGUAUCCUGGGAACAUCCAUAGGAGUAGUAUACUAGGGGAAAUGCAUCAGUAAGUAAUGUAUCCUGGGAACAUCCAUAGGAGUAGUAUACAGGGGAAAUGCAUCAGUCAGUAAUGUAUCCUGGGAGCAUCCAUAGGAGUAGUAUACAGGGGAAAUGUAUCAGUCACUAAUGUAUCCUGGGAGCAUCCAUAGGAGUAGUAUACUAGGGGAAAUGCAUCAGUAAGUAAUAUCUCCUGGAAACAUCCAUAGGAGUAGUAUACUAGGGGAAAUGCAUCAGUAAGUAAUGUAUCCUGGGAGCAUCCAUAGGAGUAGUAUACAGGGGAAAUGCAUCAGUCAGUAGGCCUAAGCUUUUGAAGCAACAGUAUAGAAGACAGCAUAGUGGGCCUGUCCAAAAACAGAUCAGAUCUCUUGCCAAUAAAUUGGGCUAAAUAUCAGAAUUGGUCUGCCUGUGUAAAUGCAGCCUAAGAGAUCCACAAGUGUCUGGAGGUUGGGGCUAGGGCCUACGUACUGGAGUCCCUCUUAGACACUCAAUGCCUCCCUAAUCCACACUGUACACCAGGGGUUGGAACCGGUUCAGGGAACAGAACGCCAUUUUAUUUUACCCCUUUUUCUCCCCAAUUUCGUGAUAUCCAACUGGUAGUUACAGUCUUGUCCCAUCGCUGCAAUUCCCCUACGGACUCGGGAGAGGCGAAGGUCGAGAGCCAAUGCGUCCUCCGAAACACGACCCUGCCUAGCCACACUGCUUCUUGACACACUGCUUGCUUAACCCGGAAGCCAGCCGCACCAAAGUGUCAGAGUAAACACCGUCCAGCUGGCAACCAAAGUCAGCUUGCAGGCUCCCGGCCCGCCACAAGGAGUCGCUAGAGCGCGAUGGGACAAGGAAAUCCCGGCAGGCCAAACUGUCCCGUAACCCGGACGACGCUGGGCCAAUUGUGCGGCGCCUCAAAAAAAAUUUUUUUUGUUGAGGAACAGAAAUAGAACCGGGUACGAAAGUUACCUAUACUGUUCCAGAACAGAACCGUUAUUUUAAAAGCAUGGGAACCGGUUAACAACGUAUUCUACGUUCCAUUUUUUCCCAGUCCACCCCCCCCCCCCCCCCAAAAAAAAAGCGCCUGCAAAGCCCUCACUCUGUCACUCAGAAACUUCUUCCAGUGUCAGUCUGCUAGAUGAACAUCUUUACCAGUGUGUGUGUAGGCUACCUGCCCCUCCCCCUCCGAGGUAUGGGCUACCUGCCCCUCCCCCUCCGAGGUAUAGGCUACCUGCCCCUCCCCCUCCGAGGUAUAGGCUACCUGCCCCUCCCCCUCCAAAGCGUAGGCUACCUGCCCCUCCCCCUCCGAGGUAUAGGCUACCUGCCCCUCCCCCUCCCCCUCCGAGGUAUAGGCUACCUGCUCCUCCCCCUCCAAAGCGUAGGCUACCUGCCCCUCCCCCUCCGAGGUAUAGGCUUCCUGCCCCUCCCCCUCCGAGGUAUAGGCUCCCUGCCCCUCCCCCUCCGAGGUAUAGGCUCCCUGCCCCUCCCCCUCCGAGGUAUAGGCUACCUGCCCCUCCCCCUCCGAGGUAUAGGCUUCCUGCCCCUCCCCCUCCGAGGUAUAGGCUUCCUGCCCCUCCCCCUCCGAGGUAUAGGCUUCCUGCCCCUCCCCCUCCGAGGUAUAGGCUCCCUGCCCCUCCCCCUCCUAUACUCUCCUCUGUAGGUAUAAUUAUGUGGGCCUAAUUUAGAUAAUGCAGGUCAUAAUAAGAUAAUCGGAAAAGUCAGCAUUUGCCCCAGCGCUGCCACACCACUUUCAAAGCAGCAGCACCCAACAGGCCAGUAACUUCUCAGCACAUUUUUGCGUUCCAGUUCCCACAUUUACCUGCUCUUUCGCAGUCUAUCAUUGACAACCAUUGAUGACUAGACGCAGAAAGUUGUGCUGUUUGUAUUUGAGCAAUAUGAUUGGCUGUUCAUUCAAGCGCCACUACGCUCCGGCGAAUCACAACUUCUCGAGCAGUACAGAAGUUGAUAGCUACGUUCACAAAGCGCACUCGAGCUGUCCUGAACAAAACGAAGUGCCCAUCAAUCUACUCGCUGAGCUUAUUUAUUUUAGGGAAAGUGAUUUACAAAAGUAAACCUUCAAUAGUGAACAUACUAGCAAUAUGCUGUCUAUUGUUGAUAGUCUGCUAAAAGAAAGCUACAAAAUACCUUUUUAUCAUUAGUCUUGGCUAACUCACUGUAGCCAGGUCCAUAUCUCUUUUGGAACGCAAUUGUCUUAAAGGGGCAGGGUCCUAUUUUACGACGUUAAAAUUAUUCACGUAGCUGAAUUAUAUUAAACAGCUAUUUAAUAUAAUCAUCAUAAUAACCAAAUGUAGCCUAUUAAUAGCUACACAUAGAGAGAAAGCAUGCCAACCUAUAGGCUCUGCAUGACCCCAAUGUAUUUAAAAACCACACCAUGUCCAACACCAAGUUAAUAUUGGACCCUGUCAUAGCCCAGAGUUUUACCUGACCAGGUCGUGAGAUCAGGAAAAACUCCAGGCGCCAGAAAAGACACAUACAAAUUUUGCCAAACCACUAUUGAACCUGCCACCUCUGGCCAGCGCUUCAAGCCACGCCUCCUCCUACAUCCUCUCUCGCUCUCUCCCCGCCCUUACGAUGUCUGUCGCAUCUCGCGUCCCAUCACGCAUGUAAACAACUAGCUUGCCGGCUCCAUAGCAAGCUGCUCAAUUCGUACUGAAUGGUGAACUAAUUUAAUUAGCUAAUGUUUUGUUGUUGUUGUUCGAACCGGAACGGAAUGAAAAAAAUAGUGGUUCUGUUCCGAAGGACAUUAUUGGAAAAUAGUUCCAAACCUUGCUGUACAGUACUGACAAUACAGUCUGAAUGUAAUCUAUAGAAGGGGCUUAGAGUCUCUAACCCUGGCAAUCUGACUGGUAAACUCAUGGGUAUUCAUUCUAUACAUUCUAUUUCAUUCUAUACAUUCUAUUUCAUUCUACACGUUCUAUUUCAUUCUAUACAUUCUAUUUCAUUCUAUACAUUCUAUUUCAUUCUAUACAUUCUAUUUCAUUCUAUACGUUCUAUUUCAUUCUAUACAUUCUGUUUCUAAGGGCUAGACCCCGUAGGCUGCUUCUCUUUGCCAACAGUUGUUUUUAGUCGACUCUGCCAACAUUCCACAUAAAUGGAGGUUCUCAGAGCAGAACCAUUGAAGCUGUGGAGGUCCAGUUCAGUAUGAAAGGCUGGGACUACUUUGUAAUUAUUACUGUUUAGAACAUGACGGACAUCUUAUUGUUUCCUGAAGUUGGCAACAUCACCCACAACACAGCCGGGGUAUUUGCCAGGGAAAGUCUUUCCUCCCUUCUACAAUGAUACUUGGCCACACAUGACCUAAUAUAGGACAUGACUCACUACGACCCACUAGGGUUACAUGGUUAUACGCCAAGCAGCACCAGCGAUGCGUCAGUCUGAUAUGUUCUCUGUUUCUUCUCCUCUCCUCCCUCUGGCUCCAGAGGCCAAGUCGUGCGAGGACAUCCAGUGCAGCGCGGGGAAGAAGUGUCUGUGGGACAGUAGGAUGAGCCGAGGCCGCUGCUCCCUCUGUGAGGAGGCGUGUCCGGAGAGCCGGACGGACGAGGCGGUGUGUGCCAGUGACAACACCAACUACCCCUCAGAGUGUGCGAUGAAGCAGACCGCCUGCUCUCUGGGAACGCUCCUGGAGGUUAAGCAUUCAGGAUCUUGCAACUGUAAGUAA